UUGAGCUGGACACAGUUGCAGACCAGACAUCACACACGCUCUCCGAGACUUGUCAAGCCAAAUCUGAUGUUCUGAAGUUCAUAUUUCUUUUACUGAUUCAACAAUCCGAGAUCUGGAUAUAACUUUGACUGACUGCUGGGCCAACGAGGCAUCAUGGAUCCAAUCGUGGAAGUCGUGGCUUUGAUUUUGGGGUUCAUCGGUUGGGUCAUGGUGGGGGUUACUCUGCCGAACCGUUACUGGAGGACCUCCACGGUCGACGGGACCGUCAUCACCACCUCCACCAUCUAUGAGAACUUGUGGAUGUCCUGCGCGACAGAUUCAACCGGGGUGCACAACUGCAGGGAGUUCCCUUCACUGCUGGCAUUGAGUGGUUACAUCCAGGCGUCUCGUGCCUUGAUGAUCACAUCUAUAGUGUUUGGCACCUUUGGACUUGUAGCGGCCCUGAUAGGACUGCAGUGUUCGAAAGCAGGGGGAGACAACCUUGUUCUCAAAGGGAGGAUUGCAGGCACCGGUGGAGUCCUUUUUAUACUUCAAGGUGUGUGCACUAUGGUCGCGAUCUCCUGGUACGCCUUCAAUAUCACUCAGGAAUUCUUCGACCCUUUCUAUCCUGGGAUAAGGUAUGAAAUAGGAGAGGGACUUUACAUCGGGUGGUGCUCUGGUGUGCUCGCCAUCGCUGGAGGAAUCUGCCUCACCUGUUCCUGCAAACUGGGCACAGAGGAAAAAUACAAUGUGCCUUACCACCCCAGAGGAACUAUAUAUUCUGGAGUUGCACCCACCCGAAGCGUGGCCAACAGUACUUAUGGACGAAAUGCUUAUGUUUGAGCUGGACAUGAACACUGAACUUUGUGGGUGGGGACUUUUUCACGUCUUCUGUUUAUGUUUCAGUAUCUAACAUAUAUAACUGUGGUCAGUUUUUAUACUUCAGAUGGAACUUUUUGCCCGCGACUGUCAUCACUGACGGAAGGAGCAUUUCAACAAUGUACUGUAUAUAACCACAAUAUCUAGUGUGUAUUCUCGAUAAAUUAUAGCAUUGUCAUGGUAGCAUUGAUGUUGCUGCAUCAUUAUGCUUCAAACAUACUCCAUGCUUUCCAAUGAUUCUUUGUAUAUUUUCACCCGCAUUUACAGUAACUCAUUUCCAAAGAAAUUCAAUCAUAUGAUGAUCUGCUUAAACACAGCUAGGCACUUGUGAAGGAAGGGUCAAGAGGGUGAUGAUUCAUAUAUUUGUGUGUUGUUUUUGUACAGUUUUGUGGAUAGGACGUGUGGGAAAGAUGGUUUAGGACAAAUUAUCUUUGUUUUGAUGGUAUAUUUUGUUUUUUACGACUCCACACAUUAAAAGGUUUUAUGCUAAA